CAAUUAUAGAGCAGCGUAAAAAUAAGAAAGUCGAUUUGUUUUCGUUAUAAAUAAAAUAAAACGAACAACAAACAAAAACCAGAGUCCUCACAGGAUUUAAUAUCUCAUUGUUCGUAAGAUACUAAAAUAGUGGAGUCCCGUAAAUAAAAAAUUCAAGACGUGUAACGCAUUCAACUUCACAAUAGUAGAGGAGAAAAUGAGCAAGAGAUUAAAAAGGCUGCGGUUUAGUUACGAAGACGAAAUAUCCCUAUUGAAAGAAUUCCUGGCCCACAACCCCCUUCUGCACCCCGAAAAGUGGAGUAUCAUUCAGGAAAACGUCGCUUUCGCACAAGGAAAAACCUUUUCGAUCCGAACCCUGAGAGAACACGUCCAACUUCUCAUACAAACUCGCCUAAAACCAGACUCGACAAUUAAAAACAACUCGUACAAAGACGUCCCGCCAUACGAACGAGACUCCCUGCUACACAAAAUGCUCCAGGACAUCGACAUGCUCUACAGGGAAUUCGAACUACACGGGGAAUCCACGAAACGGGGCAAACAGCUACGAAUAAAAAAAUCAAAUGGUAUGAGAGACUCGGAGACCUGCGUAAUGGAUUGCUAUUCGAACGAAACAUCGAAUAUGCUUCCGGAAAACUCUUUAGACGAGCACUGUUACACCUUAGACAUAAAAGACCCCCGUUUGACGCAAACCUACGAUGCCGAAGACGGCGGGGCUUCGCCUCAAAACGCCUCGAGGCGAAACGAAUUAGACUAUCUAUCGAACAGAUACAACAAAGAUUUAGACAAUAGGGAUAGAGAGCUAGAGCUCCAAGAAAAGAAAUUGAAAUUAGAGGAGAAACGAUUGGGUAUCGAGGAGAAGCGAUUGGAGAUCGACGAGAAGAAGUUCGAGCUCGAGAUAUUGGAGAGGCAGCAGAAAAUGGAGUUGGAGAAGCAGAGGUUCGAUUUGGAGUGCAAGGAACGGAACGUGUCGUUGAAUCUCAUCCAAUCCCAGCAAAAUAUCAUUUCCAAUUUGAUACAAAGUUUAAAUAAAAAAUUUAAAAGUUAAGUGAUUGAAGGACUUGCCUGUGCGGAAUCCGAG